CGAGCGGGUUUUCCCUCACAAUCAGUGUGAUUCCGAACCAGGUGAAAUGUACAAGCUUAUUGCGCUACUCGCGCUCCUCGUCAACGUUUGCCUAGCGUUGCCACCGGCAGAACGCAAUCGGAGGGAGUUGACUUCACUGAGGCUGCCCAACACGACCGUUCCGACGCACUAUGAUUUGUAUCUGGACACGGAUGUGCACCUUGGGGUGAUGGAGUACUCCGGUAAUGUGCGCAUCAGUAUUACGGUCCUGGAAGAUACGAACCAGAUUGUUCUGCACAGUUUGCGCAACGAUAUUCAUCGAUUAGAGUUGUCCAGCAACCAGCUUCCGGUUCCGGUUGAAGGUUUUGAGUUGGAUGCGGAAAAGGAGUUCUUGGUAAUAACAACCAGCAACGUGUUGGUGGCUGGGACGUACUACGUUUUGGAUAUUGACUUUAGUAACAGUUUGGAUCGUGAUGAUAAAGCUGGGUUCUACGUUUCUUCGUACGAAACCGAGGAAGGAGAAACCAGAUAUCUCGGGGUAACCCAAUUUGAGCCAUGCGAUGCCCGAACCGCGUUCCCGUGCUACGAUGAACCGAGCAUUAAAACGACUUACAACAUCAAGAUUGCCUGCGGACUGGAUUACAACGCCAAAGCCAACUCUCCAGCACUCGGAGUUCGGAUUCUUCCUGGCGGCAAGAAACUGACCACCUUCCAAACCACCCCCCGGAUGCAAUCAUACAUAGUGGCCUUCCUCGUGUCGGAUUUCAUCACCGAGCGUCAGAUCAGCAAAGAACCUCACCAGAUUGCCGUCUCGACGCUGGCUCGUCCCACCGCGGCUCACCUGCUGUCGUACUCGGUCGAUGCCUCGGUGAAAUUCCUGCGCACGAUGGAGGAAUACUUUGGCCAGAGCUACGCCAUGUCCAAGAUGGACAACGUGGCCGUCAAUGAUGACCACUUUUGGGCCGGAGCCAUGGAGAACUGGGGGCUGGUGACGUAUCGGGAAUCGGCUAUUCUGUUCGAUCCGGAAACGCAACCGGACAGUGACAAAGUGGGAAUUGUGUCGAUCAUCGCUCACGAGUACGUGCACCAGUUCUUCGGAAAUCUGCUGGCCCCCAAGUGGUGGUCCUUUGUUUGGCUCAACGAGGGAUUUGCCAAUUUGUAUCAGUUUUAUCUGGCCGACAUCAGUCAUCCGGAAACCAACAUGCGCGAACGAUUCGGAGGAGUGCGUGAGACCGCGUUACGAAACGAUGGAGAUCCCACUAUCCGAGCAAUGACGCACUACGUUGAGGAUAGAAAUGAAGUUAAGAGACUAUUUGAUGGGAUCGCUUAUUCCAAAUCUGCCAGUGUCCUGCACAUGUUCAACUACGUCUUUACCGAAACGACGUUCCAGAAAGGACUUAGAUAUUACAUUCAGCAAAACAAAGACAACGGAGUAGUCGAAGACCAGGACCUAUUCGACAGCCUACAGCAAGCAGUCGUCGAGGACGCUAGACUUCCGCUCAGCCUUACGAUGCACGAGGUGUUCAGUUCGUGGUCCAACCAGCCCGGAGCUCCUCUUGUGACAGUGACCCGCGUGGGCACUACCAACGAGUACCUCUUCACCCAGGAGCGAUUCUUUACCGAUCCACAAGAAACCGCACCCUCUCAGUCCUGGUGGAUUCCCAUCACGUACUCCACGUCGAGUGGAGAUGGCAUCUUCUGGAUGCCCCCGGGGGUAUCCGGAGUGAGUUAUGAAAUCGACGGUGAACAGAUAAUGUUUGAUCCCGAAAGUACCGGGUAUUACCGUAUAAAUUACGAUCCCCAAACCUGGACGAACCUUAUCUACGACCUGUACGAAAACACCGACUUCAUUUCAAGACUAUCAAGAUCCAGGCUUAUCGACGACUCGAUGCAACUGGCGCAUGCUGGAAAGCUAGACUAUGGAACUGCCUUCAAAGUGAUUGAUUACCUCCAAGAAGAGACAGAAUUCAUCCCGUGGGCGACUGCAGCCUCCAAUUUUGAGUACUUGCAUCGAAUGCUGCGACAUGAUGAAGAAGUGCUGCAAUAUCUUGAGAGUUACGUUGCACAACUAGCGGAAAAGCUGCUCGUUGAGUAUGGCUUUGAUUCUGUAAAGGGAGAGUCCGCUGAUGCUCAUGAUGCACGCAUGAUAGCUUUGCGAUGGGCUUGCAAUACAAAUCAGCAAUGCCGAGAGGAAGCCUCAAAGCGGAUCGAAACUAUGAGAAAGAGAUCUUCUUUCGCGAUUAACUCAAAAUCAGACCAACAAUUGGUCUGCAAUGAAUUGAGAAGGACCAACUAUGGAGAAUAUGCAACUAUGGUAGAAAACUUGAGAAGUAUGCAUGAUCAGAGAACUCGUAGCAUUAUGAUUGAUGCGAUUACCUGCGCCGAGGACAAGACUGUGAUCAACGACUUACUAGUUUCACUUAGUUCCAAUGACUUUAAAGAAAUUGAGAAACUUCAAAUUAUUCAAAAUAUGUUCAAGAAUUCCAACGUGGGAUUGAACACUGUCAUUGAAAUGCUCAGCAAUCCUGAAUAUUUAUCUAAUAUAAAACUAUCGAAUCGCAACUUGCCCAAACUGUUGCAGACUCUAGCCGAUUACGUGGUCGAGCCUGCGGCAGCAACCAAGCUAAUCGCCAUCGUCCAACGGGAAGCACCCACUCAACUGCUCGCGGUACAAGCUAAGCUACGCGCGAAUCAAAGCUGGAUCCAACGGAACGCGGUCAUCGUUUCGAGCAUGCUGAAGAAUCCCGCCCAAGUGGACCUGCAGCAGUAGGUGAAAUUUGAUUUAUCAAUAAAAUCGAUUGUUCUUUCACCGCUGUUCUA